AUGUCACUACCAAAUUCCAGAAGUCUAGCAUUAAAAGAAAUUAUUAAAGAUCUCCAAAAAAAUAGUUCGACAAAUAGCGAAGUAGAAAAAGAAAAUUUAUUACCAGUAAGCCCAACCGACCAGAAAGAACCGAUAGAAAAUCAAGUUGUACCUUCUACUUCAAAAAGAAACAUACCUUUAAAUGAACGUGCUUAUAAUGUACACCAAAGUUUACGUGAUAAAGGAUCGUCCUACUCUUCCGAUCAAAAGUCUGAUCAAGAUUUUUCGCCUGCUUCCGAUGAUGAUAGGGAGUAUAUACCCCCAUCUAUAGCUGACAGUUCGUCUUCAGACGAUGAUUUCAAGCGACAAAAUAAACAAAAACAACAUAAAACUUACCUCUCUCAGCCAAUCAAAUCUUUGGAAGAAACAAAGUGUCCAAUUAAAUCCGUCUCGUCAAGAUCAACUUCUGUGUCGUCGUCUUCUAAUACUUCGAAAUCCAACUCUAACACCAGCUCCGAUUCCAGCUCCGAUUCCAGCUCAGAUUCUAGUUCAGAUUCUUCUAGCUCAGAUUCCGAGUCUGAUUCCUCAAAAUGUAAAAAAAAUAGUAAUUUUGUUCCUUCACCAGCUAAAUUAAAACGCUAUAGUUCUCCGGUUGUAAAUACUUACCCCCCUCAACCAAAAACUUCAUCAAACUCAAUGCAAUUAGCCGAAAAAUCUGUAUCAUCAGAUUCAGAAGAUUACACAUCUCAUUUUAAGGAAGUUUCUUCCAUAAAAUCAAAUAUUAAUACAAAUAACAUUUCUGGACACAUCCCUCUUUCUGAAAAUUUACUUAACAUCAGUCCAAGUGCUUUAAAUUUAUCUACAGAAAUUUCAACGGAUGUCCGAAAAUUCCAUAACUCGAAUGAACCGUUACCACUAAAAGUUCUUGCACAGAAAAUUGUCACCUCAUUAAUUACACAUCAACAAUCUUAUUUGUCUGCUUCUCGUUCAGCGGAGUGCCAAAAUUCUAACUCUUCUCCUAAAAAGACACGCAAAAGAAAACGAGGAAUAAACAAAAAAGCCUUGGCAAAAACAUUGCGCAAUUUAGGGCAAUCAUAUACAUCUACCUCAAAUGUUGUUAAAUCUUGUAGAAAAAUAGGAAAUCCUUGCGGUGAUGGUUGCCGACAAAAAUGUAAGGAGAGGAUUUCGGAGGAACAGCGUCAAAUUAUUUUUAAACGAUACUGGAGCAUGGGAUCUCUAGUUAAACAAAGAGAAUUUAUAUCCAGACAUAUUAGGGAAAUCAAGCCUAAAUACCAAUACAAAAAAAUUGAUAGCAAUAGAAAACCUAAACAUUCUUUUUAUUUCACUAUAGAUGGGGAAAAAAUUAAAGUUUGCAAAGUCUUUUUCAAAAAUACAUUGGGAUUAAAUGACAGACCUAUUCGCACCGUGAUUGAAAAAUUGAAUUCGUCAGGAAUCGUUGAACCAGAACUUCGAGGUAAACAUAACAAACAUCGUCAAGUACCAGUGGAAUUGUUAGAUGGGGUCCGACAGCACAUAAAUAGCAUACCUAGAAUCGAAAGUCAUUUAUUAAGGAAACAAACAAGCAGAGAAUAUAUUGAUGGAGGAAAAACACUAACCGAUUUACACACAGACUAUAAAAAUGAUUGCGAAAAGAACGGACUGCCAUAUGUUAAAAUCCACACGUACCGAAAAUUUUUUAAAGAAGAAUUUAAUAUUAGUUUUUAUAUUCCGAAGAAAGACCAAUGUGGAGACUGCAUUAAAUAUCAAAAUUCACAACCUUCAGAAAAGGAAAAGCUCGAAGAAGAACACAGAAUUCAUUUACAAGAAAAAGAAAAAAGCCGAGUAGAAAAAUUGAAAGAUAAGGAAGCCGUAAGCGAAAAAAACAUAGUAGCCUAUUACGAUUUACAAGCUGUUCUACAAGUACCUAAAGGUAAUGCGAGUUAG